AUGCGCUCUUCCAGUGGCGAUACUUGUGAAGAUAGCGAGGACCACAGCUUGUUGCCGCGAUUGGGGGUGCAAAGCCAGCUGCGAACAAACCGGAGCUGCCUAGUUUGCCUCGGUGUGUCCCUGGUGGCAGCAGUGUCAUUGAUCUUCCUGCGAAGCCUCAGUGAAGAGCACUUGAGGUCCCUGGUGCCUGUCGCGCAACGUGUGAGAGUAGUGGAGGAGCUGUACACCUUUGGCACUCCCGGCUCUGCGAAAGACCUGUUGAGCGACAGAACCCGAGAAGAUGGCUGCUUUCGAGGCCUUCGUGUGUACAUGAGGAGUGCAAGGCCCGGCUGGGGUGAUGUGGACGUUCCUGUCUAUGACCCAGUGGCAUGGAUCACUCAACAGUUCAGCUACCGCCAUGCAAGGAUGCGUUUCUUGGAGUUGCCAGAGCUGAACCUGUACCAGCAUAGCAUCUCACCUUGCAGCGCUCCCAUUGAAGAUCCACCCAGCGACACCUUUUGGUGGAUCGAAGGGCACAGCUCAUACGAGGCGGCGCUGAAGCAUCACCUGCAAGCCACGGAUCAGGAGUUGCCUCAAGACCUGAAAGCUACUACCAGCCAACUGAAUGAUCUGCAGAAGGCGUAUUUGAUGAGUCACUUCACGUUCGUCAUUUACGACCCGCAGAUGGCCACGGUCCAUGCGGAUGCCAUCCAGUGGGGCUGGACUCUGGUGGGCUACGCCGAAUCUCUUCCUGGGGAGCCCAGGGUCAGUAACUCCAUCGUCACAUUCCACGAUCACGCAGCUCUCUUUCAACAUCCCAGGAGCUUGGAAUGCGUGCUGGCCUUUGAAGGAAGUGACCGAGAAGACGUCAGUGACUGGGUCUAUGAUGUGGAGAUUGCAACCGUGGACUUCUGCGGCUUUACUAACGUCCACCGCGGCUUCAAGGAGAAAUUGAUGGCGAUGCUCGAAAGUGAUGACUUUGACCAGGCCAUCCGGGUGAGAUUGCCUUAUUGCUCCAAGUUGAUCGCUGCUGGGCAUUCCAUGGGCGGGUCACAAGCGGAGCUCUUCAGUGCUUGUGCCAACCGCCAUUUGAAGGAGAACGAAGAGGCAGCGUUGAGGGAUCAACAGCUGGUGAAAUUUGAGACCAAGAAGCCAACUGCCCUGAAGCCAUAUCUUUCAGAACAGGUUCCAGGCAUUUUCCUCAGAAAUCGCUUGAGCAACUUGUGCCUGGAUGCUGUAGGACUGCUGGACCCUGCAGAGGUCAAGAGCCUUCAAGCAGGGCUUUGUCAUGAUCAACGACAAGUACGGCAGCACUGGAAGGUGGAGGACGGCCGUGUCAUUAGCGAGCUCGCCGGCCUGUGUUUGACUGUUCAGGAGAGCGAGCAUGAAGACGCUACUGUCAUUCAGACGCCAUGCCAAUCUGAAGCAGAUGGUCGCGUGGCACGGAACCAGUCCUGGCAACUCACAGCGCAAGGCUUCCUGUUGAGCAGAUCAACGGACGCUGACAGAUGCUUGAACACGAACAUGAAACUCUACAGGUGCCCCUACAGCGAUCAAGUUUGGGACUUGAGCGCAGAUGGUCACUUGGUGAACCGCCUUUCCGGGCUCUGCCUUGAUGUCGCAGGUGCUGCCUCGGUGCAAGGGACCAGUCUCCAAGUGCAAAACUGUAGAGCCGGGCACGACAGCUUCACAUCGCAACGGUGGCAGGUCGCUGACGGCCAAGUGCGAAGUCUUGGAAGCGAUUUAUGUCUAGCAGUUCGGACUUCACAGCAAGGGCUCUUGCAGUUAAUCAUGGCUGCAUGCUCCCAGGAGGUUCAAUGGGAAUUACUUCCAUUGGGUUUCCUGCAACAUAGACCCACGGGCAUGUGUGUGAAUGUGGAUGGCAGCCCUGGCCAGGAUGCAGGCACUUCAGUUGAUCUUGCUCCGUGCGAACUGAAGGAAAUUGAAACUCCUGGCCUUUGGAAGCUUACGCCAGAAGGCUUUCUGCUGAACAAGGGCAGUGACUGGCUCCAAGUCAACAAAUGCAUCAGUUCUGCCGAGCCAGGCUCGCAGGAUGCAUCCAGCGUGAGCUUGGAGCUCUGCGAGUUUCAAAGUGCUCAAAGCUGGGACCUGCGCAGCACGUUGCGCAGCACCCUGGGAAGUCAGAAGUGUGUGGCUUUGAGCGAAGACAAUGGGCUGAAGCUGCAAACGUGUGACAAGUCUCUGAAGCAGCAGUGGCGUUUCAGCGGCCAAUGGAUCAGAAACCAACAAACAGGUGAUUGCCUAACAGCCAAAGAAGCUGAUCUUAGUUUGUCACCUUGCGACGCUAGUGUCGCGCAGCAAUGGGAGCAGCUGGAUCUCAGGAAAACAACCGAGUUGUGA